AUGCCCCUCUCCGAUCUUAUCCCCACGGUUCUCAAGCCCAAACCCCCCAAACCAGCGCGCCACAGACCCCAACAAACAUCCUACAUCUCCAACGACGUGCCCAUCCCAGCCGACUUCCUCUCCGUCCCUCUCCCAGAGGAUGCACCCGCCGUGACCCUCACAAAACUAGACUGGUCAAAGACGGCCCUCCCUGAAAACGGACCCCUCUACGCCGUGGUCCUCGACAACGUCCUCACGCCGGCGGAAUGCGCGCAGCUGCUCCGCAUGGCCGAGGCCUCUGUGGUCACGCUGCCGGAUGGCGAGGGCGAGGGCGGGAACGAGGACGGGGGCAAGUGGCGGCCUGCCAUGGUGAAUAUGGGGCCCGGGUGGGAGAUCCUAGAGCCCGAGUACCGCAACAGCGACCGUAUCAUCUGGGACCAGCAGGAGGUCGUUGACCGGCUGUGGGGCCGGUGUCGGCUUGCACCCGGGCUGGAGGCGCAGCUGGCUGGGAUGGAGGGGGUAAAAAGGCCUGAGAGGGAGUUGGAGACGAGGUGGGUGUUUAAGAGGUUUAAUAAGAGGAUGAGGUUCUUAAAGUAUCAAAAGGGGCAGUUUUUUAGACCGCACUGCGAUGGGCCUUACGGCGAAGAAGCGGAAGACGGGACCGUUAUCCGGACGCAUUAUACCGUCCACUUGUACCUCAACGACUCCGUCGCUGAGGUGGGCACGGAGGGCGGUGCUGAUUUAGUUGGUGGCGCGACGUCAUUUUUGUCGAGCGACGAGAAGAGGAAGGUCGACGUUGAUCCCAAGGCGGGACGUGUGCUCAUCUUCCAGCACAGUCGGCUGUACCACUCUGGCGACGACGUUGUUGCGGGGACAAAGUAUACGAUGAGGACGGAUAUUUUGUACGAGAUGGUCAAGACGAAGACGAGGGGUGAGGAGGGAACAACGGCUUGA